AUGACGGCUUCGCACAGUGACUCUUUGGUGGUGUUGUUUGGGGCAACAGCUGGUGCAUAUGGGGCUAAACUGGGUUCGGAUGAGAGGGAACUAAUUCUCUUGGUGUGGCAAGUUGUGGAUCUACAGAACAAGAAGGUAGGGACACUACACAAAUCCCUGGUGAAAGCAGACAACUUGGACUUAAGUGACCAGUGUCGCGAAGUCAGCGGCUUAACACCAGAGGGACUGGGCAAAGCUGAACCACUGGACCGGGUUCUUCAGCAGUUUAGUCAGCUGGUAUCCAGUGAUUUGAAAGUACUUGGAAGGAGCUCUUACACACUCUGCAGUGAUGGCCAGUUACUCAUCCGACAAGUUCUCCAUCCAGAAACAUCCAAGAAGAACUUCUUGUUGUCAGACUGCUUCUAUUCCUUUUAUGAUCUGCGCAAAGAAUUCCAUACUUGCUACCCAAGUUCAGCCGCCGUGAAAGACCAGACUAUCAAGACCAUGGCAGAAUAUCUAGGCUUAGGGAUAGAUGAAGCAGAGGAGGACUUUGGCGUGUGGCAAGUGAAGACCAUGGUGGCUAUCAUUUUCAGCAUGCUUUCAGAAGGUUGUAAUCACAUAUUUACUGAGCCUGAAACUGUGAAACACAAGUAUGAAACAGGUCCUUGCAGUAAAUCUGAAACUGUGGACAGUGAGACAGUAAUACGUGCCAGAGGUUUGCCAUGGCAGUCUUCAGACCAGGACAUCGCUCGAUUUUUCAAAGGACUCAACAUUGCCAAAGGUGGUGUGGCUCUUUGCCUGAAUUCCCAAGGAAGAAGAAAUGGGGAGGCUUUGGUUCGGUUUGUCAAUUCUGAGCAGAGAGACCUUGCCCUGGAAAGGCACAAGCAUCACAUGGGUAGCAGAUAUAUUGAGGUUUACAAAGCAACUGGAGAAGAAUUCUUAAAAAUUGCAGGAGGCACCUCCAAUGAAGUGGCCCAGUUCUUAUCCAAGGAGAAUCAAGUUAUCAUCAGGAUGAGAGGCCUUCCAUUCACUGCUACCCAGGAAGAUGUCUUGGGCUUCCUGGGGCCGGAGUGCCCAGUCACAGGAGGGAAAGAGGGACUUCUCUUUGUCAAGUACCCAGAUGGCAGGCCCACAGGAGAUGCAUUUGUGUUGUUUUCCUGUGAAGAAUAUGCACAGAAUGCACUUAAAAAGCACAAAGAAAUACUUGGAAAACGUUACAUUGAACUCUUCAGGAGCACAGCGGCAGAGGUCCAACAGGUACUCAAUAGAUACAUGUCAACACCUCUUAUUCCAACCCUUCCAACUCCCAUCAUCCCGGUCAUCCCCCCUCCAUACACCAUUGCCACGGGCAGCGUCCGCGACUGUGUGCGGCUCAGGGGCCUUCCCUACACUGCUGGAAUUGAUGACAUCUUGGAAUUUAUGGGAGAUGCCACGGGGGAUAUCAAGCCCCAUGGAGUUCACAUGGUCCUUAAUCAGCAGGGACGACCAUCAGGUGAUGCUUUUAUCCAAAUGAAAUCUGCUGACAAAGCCUUUAUGGUGGCUCAAAAAUGUCACAAAAAAAUGAUGAAGGACCGUUAUGUGGAAGUAUUCCAGUGUUCUGGAGAGGAGAUGAACUUUGUUUUAAUGGGUGGCACUUUAAAUCGUAGUGGCUUAUCCCCACCGCCAUGUAAGUUACCAUGUCUUUCUCCACCAGCUUAUGCUGCUUUCCAAACAGCAGCUGUGAUCCCAGCAGAGGCAGCAGCCCUUUACCAGCCACAAGCCCUCCUGCCAUCCACCAGGACACCCCAGGCCUCUGCAGCUGCUCCUCCAACUGUUACCUACUACCCAGCGCAGGCUGCUCAGCUCUACAUGAACUACACAGCUUACUAUCCCAGCCCUCCAGUAUCUCCUACCACGGUGGGGUACAUUGCAGCUCCCCCAGGAGCUGUGGCAGCUGCUGCCACUGCCACCCACACUCCCAUCCUGCCCCAGCCUGGAGCCUUGGUCCGGAUGCAGGGCUUGCCAUAUAACACAGGAAUGAAGGAGAUACUCAGUUUCUUCCAGGGGUACCAGCUCCAAGCAGAUUCCAUCCUCAUGCUUUACAACUUUAGUGGGCAGCCCAGUGGCGAGGCAUUGGUGACUUUUCCAAGCCUGGAUCUAGCUAAGCAAGCAGUGGCUGAGAGAAAUGGACAGCUCCUGGGCAGCCGCUGUGUGCAACUGUACCUGGUCUAACUGAACACUCUGGAGGAUGAGGAGAGGAUGAUGCACUCAACACCCUGCCCUCUGCAAAAUAAGUCUUCCCUUGCCACCCAGGCAGCAACAAAUGUGCCUUUUCAGUAUAACCUGUUGGAAUGCAGCAUGGUGCAUGUUCCUUUUUAAUUUGAAAAAUGGCGUCUCCCAUGCCAAAGAUAAA